UUUAUGUUGGUCUCUCUCAUAUAAACACCAGGUUUAACCUGAUUUAAAACAAUAUGUUGUGCAACCCCAGAAGGUGAAUAACCAUUUUUAAUUCAGGAAGUUGGUUAGUGAUCUAUCUCCACUGCGGGCAUCAUUUCGGGUCAGUAACCAUGAAAAACUGUGAAUACCAACAAAUUGACCCCAGAGCACUGGGAACACCGUCCUCUACACCAGCUUCCACACUGCAGAAUGGGAAUAAAGAUCCUCCUCGCCUUAAAAGAAAGUGGGAAGUGUUUCCUGGUAGAAAUCGCUUCUACUGUGAUGGACGCAUUAUGGUUGCCCAACAUUGUGGUGUUCUGCCUCUGACUCUUGGCCUUAUUAUCGUCACCACUACUUUUUUCUUUAUAUUUGAUUGCCCAUUUCUGGUGGCUCACCUUACCAUCUUUAUCCCUGUAAUUGCUGGAGUACUGUUUGUGUUUGUGAUCAUCAGCCUUUUUCGCACUAGUUUAACAGAUCCAGGGAUCUUACCAAGGGCUUUACCAGAGGAGGCUGCUGACAUAGAGCGCCAAAUAGAUAAUUCUGGAUCAGGUACAUACCGCCCCCCACCUCGAACUAAGGAGAUCCUUAUAAAUGGACAGGUGGUCAAACUCAAAUACUGCUUUACCUGCAAGAUGUUCCGUCCACCUCGCACCUCCCACUGUAGUCUCUGUGACAACUGUGUCGAGCGUUUUGAUCACCACUGCCCAUGGGUGGGGAAUUGUGUUGGAAAGCGCAACUAUCGCUUUUUCUACAUGUUUAUAGUCUCAUUGUCCUUUCUUACCUCCUUUAUCUUUGGUUGUGUGAUCACACAUCUCACUUUACGAUCACAAGGUGAGAAAGGACUAAUACAAGCCUUACAGGAGAGCCCAGCCAGUGUUGUGGAACUGGUUGUUUGUUUCUUCUCCAUUUGGUCUAUUCUGGGCCUCUCUGGCUUCCAUACCUACUUAGUGGCCUCCAACCUCACAACUAAUGAAGAUAUUAAGGGCUCUUGGUCGAGUAAAAGAGGUGAAGAAGAUUCUGGGAACCCAUACAGCUACAAUAACAUCUUUACUAACUGCUGUGUGGUGCUGUGUGGUCCCAUGCCUCCCAGCCUUAUUGACAGCAGAGGUUUUUUACCUCCGGAUGUUGUGCCUCAGAGUGUACCAUCUGAGAAUGAAGUUCAUCCUUUUAUGAAGAAGGACAACAACAUGUGCAUGCAGGAUGCGAAGGAGAUUUUGGAGUCUGUUUCCCACUCCACGAUGGGCCAGAGCUGUUGCUGCUCAGCAACCUCCAAGACUGCACAAGUGAGCCAGGAGAACCUGCUAGCUACAGUCUCAAGCACUUUGCCAUCCAGUAGUCCAUCUAUUAAAUGCUCUGAAGGAGAGACUCUGCACAAGUCGGAUCAGAACCACCUUCAGAAAAUGAGCAAAAGAGCCACACUGCAGGCCCAGAAACCCAGUUUCUUUCUUUCCCAGUACUCUGUUAAUCAUAGACCUGGCAUCCUGAGUGAUGCUCCUGAUAUGGGCUUUUCCCCAAUGAUCUGAAUCCAGCUCUGCAAGCUCCAGCAAAUAUGAAGUAGUACUUGACCCUCAUCCACUGACUCUUCUGAGAAUAUCCAUGUACUGUUAAAAGACUUUGUCAGGGGUUAUUAUACCUUUGAAAAGAUUAUCCACUGGACCUAACACUAUGUAUUAAUACAUAACAUUAUAUAUUAAGUACACAUGCUCUUAAAUCAGCAUGAACUAGAUAGUUAAUUGCACAAUACAUGCAUUGUUAGGAGAUUCUUCUCCCCCCAGUGCUCCUACAGUAAGUGUUUGGUGUUUCACUUGGUCACUGUUUCAAGGGCGCAGUUGUGUUUGGGAAAGUUACUCUUGACCUAUACAGCCAAAACACCUCCAGCAUGCACUACUGAAGGGUUUAGUUACCUUAGCUACGUUCAUUGUCUGAAGGUGCAUCAAAUCAAGCAUAUAACUAUGCAGCAGUAAUAAAAUGGGCCAUAAUGAAAACCAUCCUGAUAUUUAGUGUGGCACUUUUAUGACACAGCACCUUUUCAACAGAUCAGUUUGUUAAGCUUAUGCCAUGCUAAAGCUAACCUGCUCUACUGUAGGUGGUUUUAUUGUGAAGUGGUAACAUAUAGGACUAACCCCAGCCCAGCAAUACAGCAGGUUACUUAAACUGGUAGUUCUUCUCCUUCCAGAGCAGUUGCAUACAAUCCUAAACUUAGCAUUUGCAAUAUAAAGCUCUGACUGGAGUCAUAUAAAGCACAAUUCUAUUCUACUUUGAAGCAUUGGUAACAUAUUCUCUGGAUUGAUUAAUUACAGUGUAUUGUUUGUCUGGGUCCCUUAUUUCCAGUAGAGCAUUAUUAAAAUGACAGCAUACAAUGCUGUUUUUAGAAAAGUUUGUGCUCUAAACUUUUUGGCAUCAUUUUGGAGUGAAGGGAUCUUAUUUUAGUUAGGCAUGCACUGAUUCAAUACUCAGAACUGGUGUGUGGUUUGAGACUGAACUGAAAUGCUGAAUCAUAUAAGGUUUGAUCCUUUAUUGUCUUUAACAUUUUUACUAGUGAUCCAUGUUAAAAAUUAUACACUAAUUUCAUAUAGCACAUCACCAUAGUAAGUUUUCAUAUUCCAUGCUUGCAAAUGUGGUUCUCUUCUGCAAUAAUUCUGCAGACAUCCAACUCACAAUCUUAAUGAUGCACUCUUCAAAUAUGACUCAAAUGUAACAGAUGUUGGGUUUGUUUGCUUUUUACAUAGUGGGAAACCUCUAUUUGUUAUUAUUGAGGCUUGGUAGGAUUAGUUGGAAUAAGCAAAGGUGAGGUGUUUUAUCUUGCAUUAUUAUAAUAAAUACCUGCUGUCUUCUGGUGAGAGUUUUCAUUGGACCCUAACAAUUUUGCUUGUGUAAACUCAUGCUGAUAAGUUUAAGCACAACUUUCUGGAAUUAUUAUUUGAUUAUAUAUUUAUUUUUUGUAUGGUUUGAUAGCUGUUAGUAAUAUUUGUUAGAGUUAAAAGCAAAGUAAAUGAAUGGUAUUCUCAGCUGAUGGUUAUGUGUUCUUAGCCUUAAAUGUUCUGCCAGUUAAAUGGCACCUUCUUGUAAAAGUAGGUGGUUCAUGGCAACAUUAGGUAGUAAAGUAUUAGAUACUCCAGCCAUAGGUAGAAGUCUGGAUUGUAUUAGUAAUAAGGCCACUAGUUUUUAAUUUAAUUUGAGUUUGAAUCUCAGCUGUGUUAUCGGCCGGCUGGGCGUCUACAUUGACACGAUUUGCUACGUCUGAAAGAAAGCCUUGUGAUGGAUUGGCAUCCUGUACAGGGUAGUUCUGCCUUGCGCCCAGUGUUCCCUGGUGGAACCGGACCCACUGCGACCCAACCAUGAUAAAGUGGUUGAUAAAAAUGAAAUGAUACAUCGACUCAAGUUCUCAUUAGUUAGUUUUGGCAAGAGUUGUUGAAGUAACAAAUGUAAGUUUGAUUUGCAGUGAAUUAACAAUUGUUUUGGGGGGUAAUGUGGUUGACUUUCAUAAAUGCACAACCUUUAUUCACGCUUCUCAAAUAGUACAUUUAUUUUGUGCUGGAUGUGAAUCCAUAUUGCUCUAUAAAGCUGAAGUGUAUGACUAAGCCAAACAAUCUAUUACAUUUCUGUAUUGAUACAUUUCUGUUUGUUACAUUGUUAUUUGUUACACUAUUUUGUCAUUAUUUGUUACAUCAAAGAAGUUACUCCGUGAUGUCCAUUAUUUACCAUCUGUAAACCUGAACAUUCGAUAAGAACACUAGGUGGCACAUGUAUCCUUCAGUGGUCAGGCCUGUCUUGUUGAGAGUGGUUUAUUUCAAUCGCAGGCUUUCAGUGCCCAGGUCCAGCACAGGUGACUGAUUUCUUUGCUUUAAUGCACCUGAUCCAGCUCAUUAAAGCUUUAAUGAUCUGA